UUAUAAGCUCUAAAUUUCUGCACAUGUACACCACUUGAGCGGUGGACGAGCUCUUCCCCUUCCCAUUAGUACUCUACAUAUUAUUACAUUGAAUUGAUUUUUUUAAAUGUCGGUAUUAAGCUAAUCAACAACAUUAGUCCAUGUAAUUACGAAGAUAUACUCACAUGUGCAACACAUGCAUUUUACUAGUUUAUUUAUAUAAAGUUACAGCUCCAUAAACUACCAAACAGAAUCUGCACCAAAUAUCCAGUUGCAACCAGCCAACCACAUCUUCCAAAAUUGUUUAUCCAUUUCAAAAUAAGCAGUUUGGAGCAUUUUAUGAUUGGUGGAACUGGAUUUUCUUUCAUGAAUGUAUAUAUACACACCAUUUUCCUACUUUAUGUAAUUGGUUUGAGUUGUUGUCUAUGCUGUGAAGUUUGUGAAAUCUAUUGCAUUUAUAAUUUUAUUUGGUCUUUUUUAAUGGUUUUUUUCCCUCUUAAUGCCUUGUGGUUGCAGGGCUUGUAAUCUAGAGGCACUGAAAGGAUUCCCUUUCUUUUUUCUCGUAUUUUCCAGUUAGAAGUAACUUGUUCAAAUUGGGUGUUCUCCAAUUCCCAUCUCUUCAUUGGAAAUUCUUCUUCUGAAUCUUCUAUGCAUGAAUAACAGGUUUCAAGUUUUGGGGUGUCUGUUUGUAUUUAAAGUUUAGACUUUUCAUUCUCCAUUGAAAGGAGGAGAGAUUUUAGAGAUGACCUUCAGGAAGUCUUUUCUUCCAAGAAUAUUUUCAUCCAAAGAGAAGACCAUAAGCCAAACCGACGAAGAUUCAUUCGAUUCUUCCGUUGCAGAAUCAGAGUCUACUUCAAGGCUUGGGAGUCUAAAUUUCAGUAACUUACAGUCUCAGAUGUCAGACAUCUCAGACAGACGAGACUUCAGGUUUUCUAAUCUUGAUUUUCUCUGUUGUGCUCUGUUCCUAAUUCUUGUUUGGGAAUUGAUAUGUACACCCACCAUGAUUGAUUUGCUAGAAUUGUAUUUGUGUAGGCCUUGGCAUGCUUUCAGGAAGUCACCAACAGAUAUUGCCGAGAAAAGAAAUCUGGCAGGGUUCUCAGAGUUUGAUGAAUGUGUUCCCAUGGUAGACAAAGCUAUGGAUUCGAGCUAG